GGUAAAGUAUAUCCUUCAUAUAUGAAACAACUGAGGCCUCCGGCAGCAAUGGUGGCGUUAAUUAUUUGGUGCAGUUGGAGUUGGAGUUGGACGUAGAAAACCCCUUUGUGUGGCCAUCAUCAAGGAUUCUCUGAAAUUUCAGGGUUUUGUCUUCUUCCAUUUCCUUUAUUCAAAUUCGUCCACAUUUUGAGUUGCAGAAAAUCAAAUAUGGCGGACAGCCUCUGGAACCGUCAGCGGCAACUGCUUCCUUCCGGUGGUGUUAAACGACUUCGUUCUGACUACGACCUCCCAACGUCCGGUCUGUAUUCAGGUCAUGAGAUGCGUAGCUAUUUAGCACGGGAUGAUGAUCUUGGUGGUCAUAGGGCUGUAAAGGAUACAAAAUCAAUUGGAUCAGCAUAUGACCGUUAUCUUCAAAAUGGGCAAGUGUCUUCAGAUACCAUGGUUGGAGUUGGAUUGGGGCCUGUUAGUGGUGGAAUGGCUGAUCAUUCGAUUGGUCGCCCUGGGGCUGUUGCUUUGGAUUUAAUUAGUGGUCGAAAUAUUAGUCUUGCUCAGCUCCCAGUGGAUGCAAUGCCUAGACUAGCAGCUGGACGUGAAACAGCUCCUUUACCCCCAGAUGCUACCAACACUUUAUACAUUGAAGGACUUCCUCCUGACAGCACGAGGAGGGAAGUAGCUCAUAUCUUUCGCCCCUUUGUGGGAUAUAAAGAAGUGAGGCUUGUGAGCAAAGAGUCCAAACUUCGUGGUGGUGAUCCCCUUAUCCUUUGUUUUGUGGAUUUUGUAAAUCCAGCCUGUGCUGCAACUGCCAUGAGUGCUUUGCAAGGUUAUAAAAUGGAUGAACACAAUCAUUCUAACUACUUGCGGCUGCAGUUUUCUCGAUUCCCAGGUCCAAGGUCUGGACAUGGAACCCGUAGUAAGAGGUGAAUAGGCUUUAGGUCAUGAGACACAUCUAUAUAGAAGCAAUGAAGAUUGCAUGUAGACAUAUACGUUUGACAUAUGGUCCCUUCUGGAGUUCUGGAGUGGCUGUUUUACAUUGUACACAAUAAAGCUUGGGCACACAUGAAAUCGUAAGCACUCGAGAUGCACAUUGUAGCAUCUAAGCAGUGAAACCAGGAGUAAUUUCAUACAGAAGAACCUAUACCAGAUAGGAAAGGUCUCUUAUUUUUACUGGUUUUCUUUCUCUUGUAAACAUUAUAGCGUUUGAGUUCUAACAAUCAUAUAGAUUAUGCAAUGGAUUGUGCCUUCUGUGUUGGAGAUGCAUAUUAACUUAUUAAGAAGGGACCCCCUCCCCCAGUUGGGAAGAAACAGAUUGAUUGAAUAGGAAAAUAGUUCAGUGGAUUAACUCAAUGACAUGCAUGGAGUUCUGGAUUCUUGUCCAAGAAGUUGCCAAGUCUAGCUAAAAGUUUAGAUUAUGUCAUUGACUCAGAAUUGUACUUGGCUUCUCUGGAAUUAAGAUCUUGUUGGGAUCUCACCCUUGUGGGUUUGUAUGAUUACCCCAAAAGAAGAAAUCAUAUCUAAGCACUUACAUUAUUCAAGUUGUCUUCUACUGUAACUUUCAUUUUCUUAGGAAUAGAGCUUACUGUAACUUACAUUGUCAAUUUGGAACAGGCUUGUACUUUUAUCUGGUCUGUAAGUUCCAGUUCAGUAGAUCAGUGUCAUUUUGGAACAGAAUUGUACUUUUAUCC